AUGAUUAUUAUAGCGUUGACUGUGGAGAUACUAAGUAUCCUUUUAUUGGAUAUUGUAUUCAACUUGGUGUUCAUAAUCGGCGCUCAUAAGAAACAUACUACGUUGUUACUACUUUGCUACCGCUAUAGAAUCGCACGUGAGUUCGUUUUCACAGCCAGUGCGCUCUUAUACUCUUGCCUUGUUUAUAAAGUUACUCCAGAGAAUAAUCUCUACGAAGAAUCAAAUUUAUGGCACUUAAUUUUAAAAGGUUCAUUUACCUCAACAAUUUUUCAAACAUUCCUUCUGAUAUUAGUACGAUGGUGGAUGGAGGUGCUAAAGCUGGAAGCAAAUUCUUAG